AUGGCGCAAAAAAUCAAUUUUGCAACGCAAAUGUGUGAAUCUUCACCUCAACCUACCCACACUGUCUAUCCUACUUCGCAUUAUUCUUCUCAGCAGUUCACUCCAACCUAUUAUGCAAGCUGUUCCGAUCUCACUGAACAAGAGCAAGAAGUGUUUACUCCGUUAAUUUCGCCGGCCAUGACACCUUCGUUUGGGUUUCAAGGGCAAUCCAAGUUUUCUCCAUGCGAAUUGGACUUCUCCCCAUUGACUUCGCCUGCCAUCAUGCCUCAUUUUGAUCGUCGAUAUCACGAGCGAAGCAUGUCGUCCUUGUCUGGCCACAGUUUUUCUGGCUCGCUGACCCCCGGGCAAAUCUGUCAGCAGUAUGAACAGCUCGAACAAGUCAAACGUAUGAUCACACGUAAACUUUCCGAACUGCAUCAAGAUGAUCACCACGAACAGACCUCGCCUCGGCCUUCCAGUAACAAUACAGUCUUGCAGUCUCAAAUGUCGCCAUCCGCUGAAAGUUCAGAUACAAAGAGAUUGCCGACUCGAACGGGCUAUGGGGAGAACCCUCCGUUAUCGGCUUCCGUGAAACGUGCCCAUGGACCUGCGUCGUCGUUUUCCGCGAACCCUGCUCCACUUUCACCAGGGCAAUCGCCUUGUCUUGCACCAGUGACCCCUGCGUCAUUGAUGAAAAUGAGAGUCGUGAAUCCUUGUAACAACAAUAAAAAACUUCCAUUGACCAAAAUGUCAGCCCAAGUGACACCGCCGCUGGAUUCCCAGCCCGACUGGGAUUCUCCUGUUUCUGUAUCGAAAGCAUUACCUGAAAAAAGAGCUCAUGCGCGGAAAAAGGAGAAUCGCUCCACCCAUACCAAAUCUCAUCCUGCCAAACGAACCCGUCGCGAAUCCUCUGCGGCUCAGACCUACGCUUCCUCACGUGCAUUGAAGCCGCUACUGAUCAGUCCUACCCUUGGACCAGGGGUGAAUGCGAAUCAGGAAGCCGAGCGUAUCUUGGCCACUCGAUCCAACUAUCAGAACCUGAUGGAAGGAAAAGCGGCCGCUCUCGGGAUCGCUUUCUCGCCUCAGAUCCGAAGCGGGAUUGAAACGCGACGUACGGCUCACAAAGCCGCUGAACAAAAACGGCGCGAUUCACUCAAGCUGUGGUUUGAAAGACUACGCUGUGAAGUUGAAGAAGGCUACGUGAAGAAAAAAGCCUCGUUGACUUCCAAAGUGAUUCGAGAACAAGAACGUGAAGCCAACCACAAGUCUUUGCACGAUGACGAUGAUGAAGAUACUUCUCUCGCGGACAAUUCCUCGACUUCGCCUGUCUCUAUGCAUGAGACCGACGAGAUCAGUCAUGAUAAUCAGCAUUAUGCCAGUUCUUCAAGCCCGGCGGCCAAGGAAUUGAAACCGUUGUCCAAAGUAUUGCUUCUUCGUUAUGCCUAUGAAUACAUUACCAUGUUAAAGACCACCCUCAACGAAAGAGACGAGCGUAUUGAAGCCUUAUCGAAAGAGAAUCAUCAACUUAAAGACCAAUGUCACUGCGACUAA